AAUACCUCUACUUCAGAACGAGACUAUGAUGUAGGCCAAAACACGAGGGAAAAAGGAUAAAAUUUGUACAAUUAGAAAAGGAUUGCGAACUUUCUGAGCGAAAAAAAUGGCGGGGAAAAGACCCGAACAUUUAGCCCCACCAGAAGUAUUCUAUGACGAUGAAGAAGCAGCCAAGUACACGACUAAUAGUCGCAUGAUGGAAAUCCAGCGACAAAUGUCAGCAAGGGCGGUUGAACUUCUUGCUCUUCCAGAAGACGAGCCUUGCUUUUUGCUGGAUGUUGGUUGUGGAUCUGGAUUAAGUGGGGAAUUGCUAUCAGAAUAUGGACAUUUUUGGCUCGGGGUUGAUAUCAGUAAGGCCAUGCUAGAUAUAGCUCAUGAGCGAGAGGUUGAGGGUGACUUAUUCUUGGGAGAUGCUGGCCAAGGACUCAUGUUCCGUCCGGGAACAUUUGAUGGCUGCAUUAGUAUAUCGGCCCUUCAGUGGCUUUGCAACGCAGAUAAAAAGACACAUAACCCAGUUAAACGUCUCUACAAGUUCUUUACUUCCCUUUAUUGUUGUUUAACUCGAGGAAGCAAGGCAAUCUUUCAAUUCUAUCCAGAAAACCCAUCACAAGUUGAGUUAAUCACAAGUCAGGCUAUGAGAGCUGGUUUUACAGGAGGAGUUGUUGUGGAUUACCCCAACAGCACCAAAGCAAAAAAGAUGUUUCUUUGUCUCUUUUCAGGAACAGUUAUUGGUAAACUUCCAGCUGGACUUGGGACUGAAGCAGCACAGGGUUUAGAUGCGGUCGCAUAUACUGGUAAAAGAAAUAGGUUUAUGAAAGAUACAAGGAAAUCCAUCAAAAAAAGUAGAGACUGGAUUCAAGAGAAAAAAGUAAGAAGAAAAAAUCAAGGAAAAGAGGUUAAAAGGGAUUCUAAAUACACAGGAAGAAAGCGAAAAACCAAAUUCUAGCAUGCUUUUCUGUUUUAAAAACUCUACAUUAGAAGCUAAAGAAAAAUUUGCAUUUACUUAUAGAAUGAAAACACCUGUAAGUAGAUAGUUAAUUAUGUUUAGUCUUAACUUGGUAGAAGCAGAAGUGGCCUCACAGUGUCAUAAUCCUUGUUUGUUACAAUGAAUUUUGGGUUAAAAAUUGAUCUGCAUAUUAACUCAAAGACCGUAAUCAUUUGAAUAUACUUAUUUGAAUGAGGUGAAUAGAAUAUUUUAGGAUAACUUCAUAAGGAGGCAGUAAAGCACACUGACUUCAGCAUUGCACAUCAAGAGCUGAGUCACAGCGUAUGGCAUUCUGUUGCAUUUCGCUUUUAGGAUGGUUAUUUUAUGUGUUGAAUUUAGGUGUAAGAAUUGUCAAACAGCUAAGGAAAAACAGUCCUUUAAUAGGGUUGGAAGUAAGAUUGGUGCUUUCAGUGGUUAUAUAGACAUAACUGGUGAUUUCAUUGAUUAAAUUUCACCUUUUUAUUAACUGGUAGGUCUAUCAUGUCUUCAAGAUACUUUUGCUUUUCUGUUAAUUUUUUGGAUUUUUUUUAAAUUUUACAUAGAUCCCUUCCUGUUUCAUAACUGAUGCCUUGCAAGAUUGUCACUUGAAACAACUAGCCAAAAACUUCUGAUAUAAAUAUUCAACUGUUCAUGUGUGAACAUAUGCCAAAAAAUUUUAAAUGCAAGGACAGUCCAAUCCAUCCAUUUAAAAAAAAUUUAGGAUAUUCCAAAAGUAUGAUUAGUAUCAUUGUUGUUAAUGUCCAUGAUUAUGUUUAACACUAUUUUGCUUAAAAUCCAUUUAUUUUGGUUAGUAUCAGAUUUCCCAUUAUUCUUUCUAGUAUAUGCUCAUAUAUACUCACAUUUUAUCACUAUAUGCCUAAUAAAGUCUCUGUUUUGGCCAUAGACAUGUGAUUAUUCAAAACUGAACGGUUUUGGGGAAGGCUAACUUGACAUGGUAAAUCAUAAAUCAACAAGAUUUGGGACCCAAAAUUGGAUGGACAGUGAACUGGCCCAAAACACCUUAAUUUAUAAUUUGAUUUAUUAUUAAGUUAUAUGAAGCUGCAAACAGAUGCUUUAAUGCAAAAAAUUUCAAAGAAAUUGUAACCAACUGUUCAUCUUUUUUCAAAUUCCAACAGGGGGCUUGUUCAAAACUUCAAUCUAAAAAAGCAGAUAUAUUCAGUAUGGGGAGCAGAAGCAAGUCAAGCUAUUGCAUUGCCAAGAAAAAAUUGGCUCGAUAGAUACGUAUCUUAGGUUUUAGCUUAUUUUUAAAGAUCUUGUCUUAACAUUGUUAUUUUUAAGUAUGAUGUUUGCAAUGUUUCGUUUUGGCUUUUGAAUAUAAUUUCAUUCUCUUGAAUCUAAAUCAGAAGAUAUGGAAAAUGUUUUCAUCACAAGUAGACUGCUUAAAAAGUUAUUCACUUAAUUUCUCGUACCAAUGCCUUGCAUUGAGUUUGUGUUUUGAGCUGUGCCAUCCAAACACCGGUAUAACAACAAUACACAGUUAUUGCUUUACACUGUCAGAUUAUUGGAUAAUGAUGCUUUGUUAUUGAA